UUCGCGCCGAUGACAUAGUACAGAGCGACCCGUCAGGCAUUUGUAUGUGGAACAAUUUCAGAGGCGAUUGAAAAUGGAAGGAGUGGAGUUGUGGGUGAAGAAUCAGCUCCAUGAUGUUCUGGGCAUGAGCGACCGGCAUGUGGCUCAGUUCCUUGUUGGUACUGCUCUGAGAAGUACGAGUGCUACUGAUCUGCUAGUCCGUCUAAGGGACACUGGGGCCAUUGAUGUUACUGAAAAAGUGAAGGGGUUCCUGGAGCAACUCUGGCUAAAGAUCCCUAGAAAGGCCCCGAUUGAACGGCCAGCCCGGGCUGCUGAACGAGAAGCGCUGGCUAUGCAGGAGAAGAAUAGAUCAUAUGCUUUGCUAGAGGAUAGUGAAGAAGAGGAGAAGACUGAUCACAAAGAAGAGAAAAGGAAAAAGAAACACUUAAGGAAAAGAAGAAAAGAGGAGUCAUCUGAUAGUGAAAAUGAAAAUGCACAGACCACUAAGGUACCUUCCCCUCAAAAGACCUCAGAAGAUGAAGAUGAGAAAGAGGAGCUGGCUCGAUUGAAAGAUCUGGAGGAGAGAGAUGCUUUUGCAGAAAGAGUAAAGAAGCGAGAUAAAGAAAAAACAAGAAAUAUUGUGGAGAGAUCAGAUAAGAAGGCGUAUGAAGAAGCCCAAAAGAGGCUGAAAUUAGCAGAAGAAGAUCGCAAAAAAAUGAUUCCUGAGCUAAGGAAGAAGUCCCGUCGGGAAUAUCUAAAUAAAAGAGAAAAAGAGAAGCUGGAGGAUCUAGAGGCAGAGAUCGCAGAUGAGGAGUAUCUUUUUGUGGAACCUGAGUUGACUUCAGUAGAGCAGAAGGAGCUUGAAUAUAAGCGAAGGGUGCGUGACCUUGCAAAGGAAUACAAGAAAGCUGGGGACAAAGAGAGGAUGGAAAAGCAUGACCGCUAUUUUAUGCCAGAAGAAAACAGGAGUAAGAAAAUUCCUGAUCGCUAUGAGGAACCUAUGUCUGAGGAAAGAUUUGCCCCUCGUGAAGAGCAAAGGCGGUGGGAGGAGGAGCAUAUUGGGGCAGCCUCUCUGAGAUUUGGAGCAAAGGAUGCACAUGAUCAUGGGAAGAAGGAGUAUGAUUUUGUCAUGGAAGAAAAUGAGGUCAUACAGUUUGUCAGCUCGGCACAGAUGAAGGGAACAAUAGAUAAGGAAGAGGAGAAUUCUGAAGUCUUGUCAGAAUCAGAACGAAAGAAACUGUCUAUACAAGAGGUUCGGCGAAGCCUCCCUGUCUUCCCAUAUCGUUCUGAUCUUCUUCAAGCAAUCUCUGAUCAUCAGAUUCUUAUAAUUGAAGGAGAGACUGGAUCUGGCAAAACUACCCAAAUACCACAGUACCUGCACGAACAUGGUUAUACUAAAAAUGGCCUGAAGAUUGGCUGCACUCAGCCUCGAAGAGUGGCUGCCAUGAGUGUAUCAGCACGAGUUUCUCAAGAGAUGGGUGUUAAAUUAGGCAACGAGGUGGGAUAUAGUAUUCGGUUUGAAGACUGCACAUCUGAGCGCACAGUGCUGAAGUAUAUGACAGAUGGGAUGUUACUGCGGGAAUUUCUCACUGAGCCUGAUCUGGCAUCUUACAGUGUAAUAAUAAUAGAUGAAGCUCAUGAAAGGACUUUGCACACAGAUGUUCUUUUUGGCCUCAUUAAAGACAUUGCCCGUUUCCGCCAAGACCUCAAAGUUCUGGUAGCCAGUGCCACCCUAAACACAGAGCGAUUUUCCUCCUUUUUUGAUGAUGCCCCAGUGUUUCGUAUUCCUGGGCGCCGGUAUCCAGUGGAUAUAUAUUACACCAAGGCUCCUGAAGCAGAUUACUUGGAGGCCUGUGUGGUGUCAGUGUUGCAGAUUCAUGUUACCCAGCCACCAGGAGACAUCUUAGUCUUUCUUACAGGACAGGAGGAGAUAGAAACAUGCUGUGAGAUGCUACAAGAGCGAUGUCGUCGACUAGGAUCCAAGAUUGCAGAGAUGCUGGUGUUACCAAUAUAUGCUAAUUUGCCUUCUGACAUGCAGGCAAAGAUCUUUGAACCUACACCUCCAGGAGCAAGAAAAGUUGUGAUAGCCACUAACAUUGCUGAAACAUCACUUACAAUUGAUGGAAUUAUAUAUGUUAUUGACCCAGGUUUCUGCAAGCAGAAAAGUUACAAUGCUCGAUCAGGAAUGGAGUCCCUCAUUGUGACUCCCUGCUCAAAGGCAUCAGCCAAUCAAAGGGCUGGGAGAGCUGGACGUGUGGCUGCAGGAAAAUGUUUUCGACUUUAUACAGCUUGGGCAUAUAAGAAUGAGAUGGAAGAUACAACAGUGCCUGAGAUCCAGAGAACCAAUCUGGGAAAUGUAGUUCUCUUACUUAAAAGUUUAGGCAUAAAUGACCUCAUCCACUUUGACUUCAUGGAUCCACCACCCCAUGAGACUCUGGUUUUAGCUCUUGAGCAGCUUUAUGCACUUGGUGCCCUGAACCAUCUUGGAGAACUGACAAAAUUGGGAAGGAGGAUGGCUGAGCUUCCUGUGGACCCUAUGUUAUCCAAGAUUAUUUUAGCCUCUGAGCAGUAUGGUUGCUCUGAACAGAUCCUUACCAUUGCUGCCAUGUUAUCUGUAAACAAUACCAUCUUUUAUCGACCCAAAGACAAACUGGUUCAUGCAGAUACAGCACGGGCUAACUUUACUGUACCUGGGGGAGACCACAUGGUGCUGCUUAACGUAUAUACACAGUGGGUAGAGAGUGGUCACUCCCUCCAGUGGUGCUAUGAGAACUUUAUCCAGGCUCGCUCUCUCCGUCGAGCACGAGAUGUACGGGAGCAACUUGAGGGCCUAAUGGGACGUAUUGAGAUUGAGCUGACAUCCUGUGAGGGGGACAGCAUACCUGUGCGCAAGGCAAUCACAGCUGGAUAUUUCUACCACACGGCACGUCUUACUCGUAGUGGAUACAAGACUGUCAAACAGCAGCAGGCUGUAUAUAUCCAUCCAAAUAGCAGUCUUCAUGAGGAGCAACCCCGCUGGGUUAUAUAUCAUGAGCUGGUUUUCACCACCAAGGAAUAUAUGAGACAGAUUAUAGAGAUUGAUAGCACAUGGCUCUUAGAGGUAGCUCCACAUUACUACAAGUCCCGAGAGCUGGAAGACCCAACUAGCAAGAAGAUGCCAAGAAAAGCUGGCAAAAGCAGGGAAGAACUAGGCUGAAGAACUUUAACUCUGCUGCAGUAGAACAACACUUGUAUGGGCUGUGGCUGGAUUGUUUAAACAUCUGUAAAUCUCUUGUAUAUAAAUAUUUUUUGGUACACGA